AUGGCAACAAAGACCAUCAUCAUUUGCGUGCAAGCGCUUUUGCUCCAGUCAGCACUUGGUCAACUGAACUACGGGGGCUCAUUUGGUGCGAGCAGCCAGUCAGUUGCUGAGAGUUCAGUCGCGGUGAGCAACAGUGCUUCAGGUGUGGGCGUCACUGGAGCUGGUCUGGCCAACGCUGGUGCGGCCGGUAUCGGACUCGGCAAUGCUGCUUUACUCGCUGCUGGAUGGGCCAACGCUGCCUCAAUCGGCUCUGGAGCGGCCGAUAUCGGAUGGAACAAUGCCUUAGCCAAUUCUGGAGUUGCCAUCGGUAACACCGGUUUGAUCGGCAACGCAGUUCUCCCCGCUGUGAACACAGACUACCUGAGUCUCGCAUCACUCUCCACCGGCGGUCUGCUCCCCGUCACCAGUUACUCUCCCAUCGUUCCCUCUGGAAUAUCAGUUUUGUCUGAAAACGUAAUUGAAGGACCGGUAGCUGUAAUAGGUCAGCUGCCGUUCUUGAGCACUGUGUCUUUCGAAGGAUCAUUGGCAUCUGAGGGUGCGUCGUCAGCAGGCUGUGGUUGCGGUAGCAAUGGCAAUAUUGGUAUUAUUAGUGAGACAUAUGAGCCUAUCGCUGCACCAGCUGUUUCUGGAGUCGGCGUGGGAAGUGUACUCGAUAUGGGAGUUGGACUAGGUGCUGGACGAUUAUUUUAA